GCCCGGUGACUCCAUUCUCACCGCUCGCGCCUGCUUUCAGCUCGGUUUCGCCCACGCUACCGGGUUCGGGGUGGCCCAUGACGCGAUUGAGGCCCUACAUUGGUUUGAAAAGGCUGGGGAGAAGGGCUUGAGACUCGCCAAACUAUAUCUCCCCGUGCUUCAGUCGCUUAAGAUGAAUCCCUUCUUGCGAACCCACGAUGCAUGCCUCGAGCACUACUUGUCCGGCAAUCGGCGCGCGUUCAUGGCAAGGUUUGGGUCUACUCUCCUAGAGGUGGAGGACAGUACAGUCGGUUUCCGCGACGCUGAUCUGGAACAGCUUUCUGUGGAGCGAUUCACAGAGCGCCUUUCGUCUGGAAUACACGAUAUCGAUAUUCUGUACGAGCACGGCAACACCAGCCUAACGCUAGUGUCCAAAUUCGGAAUUACGGACACCACUCACCUGUUGCUUGAUAAGGGUGCUAGCGCAGCUCUUCCUGACGCCGAUGGCAGUACUCCUUUACACUGGUUGUUCAUGUACCCCCCAGAAGACCUUCAGAACAUUGCAUUCAGGCUCACCAACGAGCGCGACGGGUUCGUCUUCCCCGGGGAUAUUGACGACAAAAUACAUGUUCCAUCAGCUAUUAACCACGUGGUGCCGUUCGCGUCUCCGAUAAAUCUCGACCCACAAUUGCCUAUUCAGCUCUCUGGUACCCCACUCGCUUUUGCCGUAUUUGUUCAUUGCAAGAAGUCUGUAAAGGCACUGCUCCAACUUGGCGCCGAUCCGCUUCUCGGGCUCCCAGUUGCGGGGCAAGAAGGUCAGGCUGGGUCUGCACUUGCCGUCGCCUUCUGCUUACAUAUGGCCGACAUUCUCGAGCUAUUGCUGGAGCACCUCGUGACAUGCGGUUUUCCAGCAACCGCUCUUCUGCGCCUCCUCGAUGGAUUGCAAAGGACACUUCCUGCUGCGAACCUGCAGAGAGCCCUGAUCCAUGGUUGCCACAUGCAGUCAGCGGCUGAAGCGACCAUCACCGUCCUUCUGGAUUACUAUCGAUAUGCCGGUCGUGAGCCUCAAAAGUGGGAUAUCCUCAAACCCGCAGCCAAGAAUCUUCAUCCUCUUCUGUGCAGGGCUAUCGUUAAAGCCAUGGACGGUGGCCGAGCACAGGGCACGCUAACGGAAGAAAACCUGGCAGAGUUGAUGUUUAUCUGCAUGAGUGGGGCCUGCCGAAGUGGCCGCGAUCUCACUGCGGCCAUCGAGAUGCUUGAACUCGCCAUGCGAAUUGGUUCGAGCAUCAACUAUCAAUAUCAGGGCCACGCCGUGGAUCGGACGCCCUUGUUUAUGGCCAUCGAUCGCCAUGACGGCGACCUGCUCGAUUGGAUGCUCGAAAAUACAGACGUCGACGUGGCGGUCGCGGACAAAGAUGGCCUCACAGCGCUACAUCGGAUCAUCAAGUCUGGCUUCUCUUCAACGUACGAUAUCAGGAAGCUUAUCAACAAAGAUCAGGGCCUCCCUAACAGGAGGUGCCUAGCAGGAAAUGCCCCCAUUGACUUAGUGACAAGCGACCUGCAGCUGGAAGUGUUCAAAGCAUUAUUACCGUAUUCGCCAACCGAAUCACGAUACAAACUGCUCGAAGCUGCGAUCAUAGCAGAUGCGCCCAAGCUGGUCACUGCCAACCUCGAAGCUCUACACAUGAAGACCAUACCUAACCUCAUCAAUAUGAACACGGCAUUAUCCGUAGCUGCUCAAAUGGCUUCCGGCGAAGUCGCAGAGAUUCUCAUCUCUUUUGGUGCUAAUCCAAAGUCAGCCACCGCCAGCGGCUACUCGACCAUCCACGAGGCCUGUCUAUACGGCAACAUCGAUGUCCUGGAUUUGUGCAUCAAGCUCGAGCAUGACGUAAACCUGGAGAGCUCACAAGGCACCCCGUUGCUCAUUGCGACAACUACACUUAUCGAGAACGAUGAGAGAAGCACUGGAGCCCGCGCAUGUGCCGACGCGCUGUUGGACGCGGGAGCCAAUCCUAGCUAUAUGGAUUCCGACAAGCGAACCCCUCUCGCCUUUUUACUUGAGGCACCCAUGUAUGUCCGGACGAAGCACACUGCUCUGAUCAAGAAGCUCCUCGAGAAAGGUGCGGAUCCCAACGAAGGCCGUCAAAGCCCGUUACUAGAGUAUUCACUUACAAAAGCCAUUCGGGAGGAAGAUUUUGAGUUAGCCGAAGUAAACCCCCUCACCCCCCUCGCAAAGGCAUAAACUAAUCAUACCGCUAUCAUAGGCGCUCGUGGCCCACAAUAUUGAUCUAGAUCGGGCCGGGAGAGAUGGAGGAUAUCCGCUG